CUCCUGGUUAUGACGCAGUUCUGUUAGUGCUGCUGUACUGAAGCUCAACUUCAGUUUGGAGAUUUUUCAACCAGAUUCAGACUAAACCCUGUGGAUUAGCAGAUCAUCACACCCCGACUUUCAGCAGGAAAAGCUUUAAAGUUAUUCUUCAAGGAUUUGAGACUUCUAACAGCUGUGUGUACAGAGAAGAAAAUGAUCUUCUUCAGGACAUCUUCCACGUCUCUGGUUUUGAAGGGGGUUCAAUAAUGAAAUGCAGAAGAGCCUUCAAAGGAAAAUAAACCUGUUAACUGUGUUGGAAGAUGAUCUAAAGCAGAUGAUCUAAAGCAGAUGAUCUAAAACAGAUGAUCUAAAACAGAUGAUCUAAAACAGAUGAUCUAAAACAGAUGAUCUAAAGCAGAUGAUCUAAAGCAGAUGAUCUGACAGAAGGCUUGGACAGAUGAAGUGUUCAGGAGAAACGUUUCUUAUCGCUGAAGAAUCCCAAUGGUUGGAUCAGAAACCAAGCGAUCACUUUUAAAAUGAUCAGCAGUUUGGAUGUUUUUUUUGUUAGCGUUGCUAUUAACACCCUGAACUUUAAACUCUGUUACUCUGCUUGUGCUCGAGCUGAAUAUGAGGUAAAUGGAGAAUGCUGCCCCAUGUGUGCACCGGGAAUCCGGGUGUAUAAACACUGCACUGAGUUCACCAGCACCACCUGUGUUCCAUGUUCUAAUUCAUCUUACACCUCCCAACCCAACGGCCUCCUCUCCUGCCUGCCCUGUACACUCUGUGAUCCCGGUAAGAGUUUGAGAGUAAAGACAGUCUGCACUCGACAGUCUGAUGCAGUGUGUGAACCACUGGAGGGAUUCUACUGUAUUGAUCACAGAUCAGGAGGCUGCAUACAAGCUACAGAACACAGCAAAUGUAGCCCUGGAGAAUACAUACAGCAAACAGGAACAGCAGAUAGAGAUACUGUAUGUUCUGGAUGUGCAGAAGGAACUUUCUCUAACGGAUCUCUACACACCUGCCAGACUCACUCACAGUGUGAAGAUCAGGGACUGACUGUAAUAAAACCUGGAUCUAAUUCCUCUGAUGCUGAAUGUGGGAAUAAAUCCUCUCCUGCUCUGAUCGCUGGAGUUACUGCUGGUCUUAUUGUUGUGGCUCUAGUAGUAGUAGCAGCAGCAGUGACUGGAGUUAUGUUUUUCAGAAUUAAAAAUAAGACUGUCCAAAAUACAGCUCGUGCUUCAUGGUCAGCAGAAAAAGGAGGUGAAGAAUUAGAAGUGGGGGAACCUCCGUCUCCCACCACAAUCACACCGAUGCUAAUGAAAAACAGUGGAGAAUCUCCAUAUCCUCUUGUGGAUAAAAUAUUUAUACAUGGAGACGGCGUCAGGUGAGGUGAUGGAGGCCGAGACACCUGGAGGAAUCAGUCCAGCUUUCUCACAGUGUUCUACUCAUGUGAUCUCUGCGUUCCGUCCCCACAAAGGAAUCAACACCCACUAUUGGAUGAUGGGCCUUUUAUUCAUUCUGCAUGGAAUCCAGCGAUCACGCCUAAUCAGCUCAAUAUAUCUUCAGCUAACCAGCCAACCAGUCUGCAGCCGGUCCCUAUAUGUUCAACUUUACAACUUUACAGAAUACAUAGAAUCAAUAUACACUUUUUAUAAUAUUAAUAUAGGCAUCUAUAUUCAUAUGAAUGUAUCUAUUUACAUAAUUAUUAUUCCCUUAUUCUUAUAUUCCAAAGUUAAAUUUAUCCUUUACAGAAACAUACCCUUAUUUCUCAAAGUGCUCAUGUGUUUUUUCCAUAGUAAAAUACAUUGUAGAAGUGCAUGAUGCUGCUGCGCGGUGGUGAACAUUAAAUAUAACAAUAUUAGCAAAGCUAGGCUAAGCUAAAACACAGCAUAUAUUGUAUAUAUAUAUAUAUAUAUAUAUUGGACAAUAUUUGAACAGUAGUUUUAAGGUGGUUGUAAUGAUAAAGGUAGAAAAAGUUAAGUACAUGUUGUAUUUUAAUUUUGACAUUUACAGUAUUAUGCAGUUGGUUAGGAAGAAGAAAAGGCCAAAGUAAAGUGAG